AUGUUGUUCCGUUCCGGUGUUCUUCGUCAAUCCAAUGACCUCAAUUUGGCCACCGGAUGGCUCUCAAACCAGCUUAAGGACCUCUAUUUGUUGCUUCGUUCCGGUGUUCUUCAUCAAUCCAAUGCUAUUGUUCUCUCACAUCCUACUCCUGGAUCCGCUAAAGAGGAUUUGAGUUUGUUUAUUCGAGAUGUGUUUACACGGUUGCAGAUCGGAGGUGUGGAGUUUAAACGAAAGGCAACGACGUUAGUUGCCAAGGAAGAUAUUAUGGCAUCAUCUGAUUCGUCUUCAGUAAACGCCCCAAUCAAUAUUAUUAGAAAUGAUCAACAUUGUCCAACACCAAUGCAAUCUGAUAAAGGGUUAAUUCCUAUACUUGAUUCAUCUUGUGCUGUUGCAGCUAUCGACCCCAUAUAUGACAUUGUGACAGAUGAUAAUUUUGAAAUCCCGUAUAACACACAGUCAUAUUCUGAUUUUGGUUCAUCUUCUUAUGUGUCAACUUCAUCAAAAACACCAAAACGACUACAAUUCCUACAUAAGGAACAGAAAGGUACAUUUAUAAGUUCAGUUUAUUCGUCCCCCGAUGGUACCAAAUUUUGGACUCCCGACGUUGACAUUCAAUACAUGCCAUCAAUUGGAAGUGUCUUCCAACACUGGGAUGAUGCUAUCAUGAUGUAUAAACAAUACGCUUCAAAGGCUGGAUUUUCUGGUACUACAGUGGAUUUUAAAAAUGUAAGUAGAGACUUUCGAUUAUUCAUUGGUGACCGCGAUGCAAACCUUUUUGUUGACACCUUACAAGCAAGAAGCCAAAACCGUCAAAAUUUCAUAUUUGAAUAUGUUGUUACAAAUAACGAGCUUCGUUCUGCUUUUUGGGCUGACUUUGUAUCCUUACGUAAUUACGAAGCUUUCGAAGAUGUGUGUGGAUUUGAUGCUACAUAUGAUACAAACAAGGGGUUAUGUACAAAUGGGAAUAUCUUUUGUGCCCGCCAAGUGUUUGAUGAAAUGCUUGUGAGUGGAUUCGAACCGAAUGUUGUGACGUAUGGGACGUUGAUUAAUGGUAUGUGUAAAAUGGGAAAGGUUGGUGAUGCUGUUACGUUAUUAAAGAAGGUAGAAGGAGAAUCGGAGUCGGUUAUUAUGUAUAGUACUGUUAUAGACACACUUUGUAAGAGCAAUCACGUUCGUCGUGCUUUGACUCUCUUUUCGGAGAUGGUUGAGAACGGGGUUGUGCCGAAUGUUGUGACUUACAUAUGCAUGAUGCGGGGGUUAUGUAGGUUUGGGUUACGCGAAGAAGCCGUACGAUUGUUGGAUGAUAUGUUGUGUAGAAACAUUUCGCUUGAUUUACAGACGUGUAACGUGUUACUGAACUUGAUCUCUAAACAAGGUUGGGUAGCGGAUUCGCAUAGUUUUUUCGAUUUAAUGGUUGAAAGAGGGAUGAAUCCCGAUACCGCUACUUACAACACGCUAAUAAAUGGGUACUGUUUGGUUCAUAGAUUAGACGAUGCUAGACGCUUAUUCGAUGUCAUGAGUUGUGCUCGUGACGUUAUAACCUUUAACGUUUUGAUUAACGGGUACUGUAAGGUUAACAAGAUAAACGAAGCAUUGGGAUUAUUCAACGAAAUGUCUAGACAAAACGUUAAUCCUAAUGUCGUUACGUACACUACACUUAUUCGCGGUCUAUGUCUUGUUUCAAAACUGAACGAAGCACUUAUAUUAUUUUAUAAAAUGCAAGAUUGUGGCGAAACGGCUAAUGUGGUUACUUACAGCACUUUGAUAGACUGUUUAUGCAAGCACGAAAGAGUUACCGACGCUUUAUCUUUGUUUAAGUUAAUGGACGGUGCACGCGUGGCACCAGAUGUGUUUACUUUCACUAGCGUUAUUGACGGGUUAUGUAAAAUUGGCGAUGUCGAUGCGGCAAAUGAAAUUUUUCUCGAACUAUUUAAUAAAAAGUUACAACCGAAUGUAUGUACAUAUACCGCAAUGAUCGGUGGAUUGUGUAGGAACAAAAGAUUAACCGAAGCAAAAGAGUUGUUUUAUAGGAUGAAGGAGAGUGGUUGCGCGCCAAAUGUUCAUACGUAUACUAUUAUGAUUAAGGGCUAUUGCAGGAACGGGAAGUUGGAUGAAGCAAACGAGUUGUUUGUAAAGAUGAACGAGAGUGGUUGUUCGCCAGAUGGUUGUACUUAUAAUACCAUUAUUCAAGGGUUUCUCUUACAGAAUGAGUUUUCAGCCGCGAUUCGAUAUCUUGAAAAAUUGACUGAAAAUGGGUUCUGUUUAGAUGCAUAUACAGAAGCCUUGUUGCUUAGAUUUCAGUCCUGUGGACAGUUAGAAUUUUCGGCUAAGAAAGUGGUUUAG